AUGGAGCGACCAGAGGUAUGUGGAACGGGCCCAGGAUCGGAUCAGGCUGACACUGUCGCAUUUUGGCGUGGCCUGUGGUCAGAGCCCGUAAACCACAGCGAGGGCCCUUGGAUGGAAGUUGUGGCGAGCCAAAGUGCAAGUGUUACGCCUAUGGACCCCGUCACCAUAACGCCUGAAGACGUGGCUGAGGCGGUCCGUAGGGCCCCGAACUGGAAAAGUCCGGGGCUCGACGGGCUGCAUCAUUACUGGCUGAAGGGGUUCGUAGUGUGUCACGCUGUGCUCGCCCGACAGUAUCAAGAGGCUCUCGAUCAGAAAUUGCUCCCGAGCCUCUUAACUACUGGGAUCACUCACUUGGUUCCCUAA